GUUGCACGCCCUCAGACAUGGUGGACGCUGAUGGGGAGGAGGAGGUGCCUGCCGACCUCGCGGCUGUGGAGCCCGUGGCCGCCGCCCGCGGGCUCCCCGUGCAGGUGGGCCGUCUGUAUCGCUGCACGGCGUUCGACUCAGAGUCGCGGCCGCAGGGUGAGUACCUCAUCCAAGUUGUAGGCGCCUACCCGCCCGACGAGGAGGGCCAGUUCGCACGGGCCGAGCAGAUCUGCUGCAGCGACGGCUACUGGGCCUGGUGGAUGGCACAUCCCGUGGAGCGCGGAGGAGCAGGCCGACCUCUCGAUCACUUCUGUACGGAGGAGAUGCGCCUAGCCUCGCCGAGCGCCUCGCGCGGGACACUGAUUCACGUCUCGGAGUUUGAGGAGGUCGACGCAGCAGAGGCGUCGGAGUUCUAUCUGGAGUGCAAGGCGGUGGACUCUUGGGCUAAGUGGCCAGAGGAGUUCGGGCCUGAGCCUACUGGAGAGGCGGCGGCUCGCGAGUCGACGGAGGACGCCCUGGACGAGUUCGGCAUGCCGCUCGACAGUUGCGUGGUUCAGGACACAGCUGCCCCUGCCUCAGGCUCGCGCCCCAGGGCGGCGCCAGCGCGCGUCGGCAGCCGCCAGCCCGCUGCCCUGCAGGCUUCGCCGCUGGCGGGGGCAGGCGCCCGCCUGUCAGCCGUGGCGCCCCCUGCGCGCGAGGCUGGCGACCUUCGCGCUCGGCUCGAACGGCUUCGCGGGGCGCUGCAGCCAGCCCCUGGGGGGAAACAGCCGACGGAGAAGCUGCGCGAGGCGGUGGCUGGAGCAGCCCCUGCGCGCGGCGGAGCAAAGCGGCCGCUGGCGGAGGUCGCACAGGACAGGGCCGGCAAGAGGCGCGCGCCCGAGGUCCCAGCGGAGGCGGCUCCGAGCGCCGAGAGCGGUGGCGCUGGUGCAGGAGGCGAGGGGCCUCUUCUCCAGUUGUUGCUCGAGGCGGCGGCCAACAGGAGCGGCAAUGGUCAUUUUCGCCAGAUUGCCGCCAAGUUCCCAGGUCUUCUCUCGGAGCAGGCGCUGGCCAAGAUGAGUGAGUACGUCACCACGCAGGUUGGUGAGGAGGAGGGGGAGGAGUUCCCACCCAUCUUCCUGAAGUACUUCUUGAAUGUCUUCAUCCCUCAGAACACCAUCAAGUCGAUCGGGAUUGGGGUCUACCGCGAGAUGAGGACAGUUUGCGAGGCCGCCGAUGCCAUCCUCUCGGGCAAGACGGCCUACGCCUUGGACGCGCUGAGUCAACGGUUCAAGGCGCUUCAGCUCUUCGCUGUGGACAAGAGUUGGUCAGGUGCUCGCUGGCUGGAGCUCAUCCCGCCCUCGAACGAGCAACUUGCGCUCAGGACGGAGGAUGAGGAGAUCGCGCGCACAGUCGAGCUGGGCGAACUGCGCCUCGAGGAGCUGCUGUCCAAGCUCAAGCGGGGCCAGGGGUCAGGCCGGGAGAGGGAGCCGCCGAGGAGCAACUCCCCUCCUGUAGGCCACACUGGCGGGAGCCAAGGCAAGGCGGCACACCAGCUGCCUGCGCCUCGGACGCCUGCGGACCUCGUCAAGGAGGUCUCCUGGAAGGCCAUCAAGGAUGCCCACCCGAAGAGGCAGGGCGAGACGCGUGGAGCCCACGGCAUGCGCCUCAGGCAGCUCAUGCAGGAGGCUCGCGGGCGACAGGACCGACCCGCGAAGUAG